CCAUCACCGACGACAAAGCAAUUCUCUUCUUCUCUUUGGGAUCACAUCCCCUUCCCACCAACUCACUCUUGUUUCCAGCACUCCAACCAUGGCCGUCAAUGGCGAAAUCAGUGGAUCCGAGGUCAAUGUACCUGCGGCCACAUUCGACACCAUCCUUGUUCUCGAUUUUGGAUCCCAGUACUCCCACCUCAUCACGCGCCGCCUACGCGAACUCAAUGUCUACUCUGAGAUGCUACCAUGUACCCAAAAGAUUGCCGACCUUCACUUCAAGCCAAAGGGCAUAAUCUUGUCUGGAAGCCCCUAUUCAGUCUACGAUGCCGAUGCCCCUCACGUCGACCCUGCCGCCUUGGAACUUGGCGUGCCCAUCCUGGGAAUAUGCUAUGGUCUCCAGGAAAUGGCCUGGCAGUUUGGCAAGGGUGUCACUCAGGGUGAUAAGAAAGAGUACGGGCAUGCAAAUCUGAAGAUUGAACGACACACGGGCAAAGAGGAUCACAUUGACCGCCUCUUCGAGGGCAUCGAGGACGACAUCGAGGUCUGGAUGAGUCAUGGGGACAAAUUAUCAGCCUUGCCAGAAGGCUUCCGACCUAUCGCAAGCACACCCAAUGCUCCGUGGGCCGGAGUCGCCAGCAUCACCAAGCCGUACUUUGGCAUCCAAUUCCACCCCGAGGUCACACAUACCCCCCGCGGCACUCAAGUCCUCGGUAACUUUGCAGUCAAGAUUUGCAACGCUAGGCAAGAUUGGACCAUGGAGAAAUUUGUCGACCAAGAAAUCGAGCGCAUUCGAGCCAUUGUUGGACCGAAAGGCCAGGUGAUCGGAGCCGUCAGUGGUGGUGUCGAUUCAACAGUCGCUGCCAAGCUGAUGCAUGAAGCUAUUGGGGAUCGUUUCCAUGCGGUGUUGGUCGACAAUGGAGUCUUGCGAUUAGAUGAGGCCAAGACGGUCAAGAAGACUUUGACUGAGCACCUCGGUAUCAAUCUCACCGUUGUUGAUGCCACCAGCAUCUUCCUAGGCAAGCUCAAGGGCGUUUCGGAUCCAGAGACAAAACGCAAGAUCAUUGGAAACACAUUUAUCGAAAUCUUCCAGGAAAAGGCAAAGGAGAUUGCCCAGGAGGCCGCCGAGACCCCUCGAGCAGGCGACAUUGAAUUCCUCCUCCAGGGAACACUGUAUCCUGACGUUAUUGAGAGUAUCUCAUUCAAGGGACCCUCUGCCACCAUCAAAACCCACCACAAUGUCGGCGGUCUUCUCGAGGGCAUGCAUCUCAAACUCAUCGAACCUCUUCGGGAGCUUUUCAAGGACGAAGUUCGAGCACUUGGAACGAACCUCGGUAUUCCUGAAGAGUUGGUCUGGCGACACCCAUUUCCCGGCCCGGGUCUUGCGAUCCGGAUCCUCGGUGAAAUCAACGAAGAACAGCUCAAGAUUGCUCGUGCCGCCGACAAGAUUUUCAUUGACGAGAUUGUGGCCGCUGGACUGUACCGCAAAAUCUCGCAGGCAUUUGCCGCACUACUCCCAGUCAAGGCCGUGGGUGUCAUGGGGGACAAGCGGGUCCACGCUCAAGUCAUUGCUCUGAGAGCAGUGGAAACAACAGAUUUCAUGACGGCCGAUUGGUUCCCAUUUGAUGGUGAAUUCUUGAAACGUGUCAGCCGAAGAAUCGUGAAUGAGGUCGAUGGAGUUUGUCGCGUUGUAUACGAUGUCACCAGCAAACCCCCUGGGACGAUUGAGAUGGAGUAAAGAUUAUGGAACUGGUCGAUAUAUAUAGAACGGUUGGGAAUGGCAUGCUCGCAUAGAUUAGGAUCAUCCGGAGCUCUGGUGAUAGACUGCACGAGAUGUUGAACGUGUCUUGUCCACUUUGACGAUUUGGGCUUGGUUCAGGAAUGGGCCUACUAUGGAUUUGAUGAUGCUAUGAUCUUGGAUGUGUGUUUGAUACCUCUUAGGCGCACUUGUACAGUUAGACUUACAAUGAGAUGUUCGCUGCAAAGCCA